UCACACACACAAAAAUUAGCUUGUGAAGAAAAAGAAGCGCGAAACCGAAAGCUCAGAAGAAAUGGCGGGAAAUGAUCCUCAGAGGCAGCUCCUAACCCUAAUUCGCGAUUUCGCAUCUGAAAAAUCGCAAGGAGAGCGAAGAGUAGUUGGCUUGAAAAAGCGAAUCGAAGAACUUCGAUAUGAGCUCGACACAGCAAAUGCGGAGCUUGAAGAUGCCAAGCGCGCAAAAGAAACCGCUGAGCAAGAGCUUAAAGGCUACGAAGUUGAAUUGACUAUGAACGAAGCUUCGAUUCAAGCCCUAGAGGCAAGGAUUUCUCUGAUUCAGGACGAAGUAUCCACCAUUGGAUAUGAUGUGGAAGCUCUGAAGGUACUGAAUACUGAAGGAGGUUUGCGAGAUGAGUUUAUAAGCCAAAUGGUUGAGCUCAACGCUAGGAUAAGGAAAUUUCACCAAGAGACAAUGACUUGUGAUGUACACCAUGAAAAUCAUGUUGGAAUGGCAACAGGUGAUAGCAUUGAAACCAAAGACAAACACGUGAUGGAAGUCACUGAAGUAGAUCCAAAGACUUCUGAGGACACAUUGGCCCAUAUAAUAUCCCAAACAACUAAAGAGGAAGAAGAAUUCCAAGCAGAGCUGAAUUUUCAAAAGCAGGUCCAGCAGGAUUUGAUUGAUUUUGAGAAGAAGGUGUCUCUGAUGGAAGUGAUAAUGAAAGUAAAGAAAGCAGUAGAUGACAUAACAAUGCAGAGUGAUGAAUUGGAAUUUAAGUUUGCUUCCCUCAGAGAGGAGUUGCAGAGGAGUUUUAUUUGUCCGAGUUGUCAUUUAGAUAAUGUGGAGGCUCUGAGUGGAUUUGAUCAGGUAGACGAGGCAAACUGAUUCUUUGUCAAACUAUCACUUGCAACCUAGGACUGGGUCAAUCAUGGUCAUCUGGCCUUGAGACAGUUCAAAAUUUUAAGCAAAAACUGUGAUUGAUGAGAGCAAUGUUAGGGAUACAAAAAUUUUGACAAUUACUGACAUGAUAAGUUGUGACU